AUGACCGGCAGCGGGGAGGAGGCAACGGCGGCGGCGGUGGUGCAGAACAAGAAGGUGGUGCUGAGGAGGCACGUCAUCGGGUUCCCCACCGAAGACGACUUGGAGAUCACGGUGGACACUACCAAGCUGCGUGUGCCGGCGGGGCUGACCGCUGUGCUGAUCAAGAACCUCUACCUGUCCUGCGACCCAUGGAUGCGUUUCCGCAUGAGUAAACCCGAGGAUGGUGGCCUGCCGCCGGAGUUUGUCAUUGGAGAGGCCUUGCUCAAUUUCACUGUGGGCAAAGUGGUGGACUCAACGCACCCGGAGUUCAACGCUGGCGACCUCGUCUGGGGUAUGAGUGCAUGGGAGGAGUACACCCUCGUCACCCAGCCGGAGUCCCUUCACAAGAUCAAGCAUACCGAACUGCCGCCCUCCUACUACACGGGCGUUCUUGGCAUGCCCGGGCUCACUGCAUACGCCUGUUUUUUCGAGGUCGGGAAGCCGAAGAAGGGCGACUUCGUGUUCGUCUCGGCGGCGUCAGGCGCCGUCGGCCAGAUAGUCGGGCAGCUGGCAAAGAUCGCCGGCUGCUACGUGGUCGGCAGCGCCGGCUCCGACGAGAAGGUCAGCCUCCUGAAGACCAAGUUCGGCUUCGACGACGCCUUCAACUACAAGUCCGAGACCGACCUCGGCGCCGCGCUCAAGCGGUGCCUCCCCGGCGGCAUCGACAUCUACUUCGACAACGUCGGCGGCCCGACGCUGGACGCCGUGCUGCUGCAGAUGCGCCAUGGCGGCAGGGUCGCCGUCUGCGGGAUGAUCUCGCAGUACAAUUUGGUGGAGCCGUACGGCCUGCGCAACCUGUUCUGCAUCAUGCCCAAGGCCAUCAGGGUGGAGGGGUUCUACUUUACUUUCUACAUGCAUGUGUACCCGAGGUUCGAGGAGGAGAUGGCUGGCUACAUCAAGGACGGGAAGGUCACCGUCGUUGAGGACGUCGUGGAGGGCAUUGAUAGCGCACCGGCAGCUCUAAUCGGGUUGUUCUCGGGCAAAAAUGUAGGGAAGCAGUUGGUUGCCAUUGCAAGGGCAUGA